CGGCCCUGAAAUACGGCCCCGAAAUACGGCCCCGGCCGCCGCCGCCGGGCAGCGCAGGAGCCGCGGUGCAGCGCGGCCAUGCCCGCCCCCGCCGCGCCCCACCGCCUGGCCGCCGCCGCCCCCGCCGGCAAGGCCAAGCUCACCCACCCCGGCAAGGCCAUCCUGGCAGGUGGCCUGGCCGGAGGGAUCGAGAUCUGCAUCACAUUCCCCACCGAGUAUGUGAAGACGCAGCUGCAGCUGGACGAGAAGGCAAACCCUCCCCGCUACAAGGGCAUCGGGGACUGUGUGAAGCAGACCGUCCGUGACCAUGGCAUCCGAGGGCUGUACCGGGGGCUCAGCUCGCUGGUGUACGGCUCCAUCCCCAAGGCCGCCGUCAGGUUCGGGAUGUUCGAGUUCCUCAGCAACCAGAUGAGAGACGAGCAGGGGCGGUUGGACAGCACGCGGGGCCUCAUCUGCGGGCUGGGCGCCGGCGUGGCCGAGGCCGUGGUGGUGGUCUGCCCCAUGGAGACCAUAAAGGUGAAGUUUAUCCAUGACCAGUGCUCUCCCAAGCCCAAAUACCGUGGCUUCUUCCAUGGCGUCCGGGAGAUUGUUCGGGAACAAGGACUGAAGGGGACCUACCAGGGCUUGACCGCAACCGUUCUCAAGCAAGGAUCGAACCAGGCCAUCCGCUUCUUCGUCAUGACCUCCCUCAAGAACUGGUACAAAGGGGACGAUCCCAACAAGGUCAUCAACCCCUUCGUCACGGGGGUGUUUGGAGCCCUGGCCGGAGCUGCGAGCGUCUUUGGUAACACCCCGUUGGACGUGGUGAAGACCAGGAUGCAGGGGCUGGAAGCGCACAAGUACAAGAGCACCUGGGACUGCGCCUACCAGAUCAUGAAAUACGAAGGGCCCUUGGCGUUUUACAAGGGCACGGUGCCUCGCCUAGGCCGCGUCUGCCUCGACGUGGCCAUCGUCUUCGUCAUCUACGACGAGGUGGUCAAGUUCCUCAACAAGGUGUGGAAAACGGACUGAGGGGGCCGGGCCGGGGCAGCCCCCGCCUCCCUCACCCCGCGGGGCUGCAGCUGGAGAGCCGUGACCAAGCCUGCAGCAGCCCGCUGGCGCUGCCCAGGGCCAAGUCUGCCCCACGCACACACCUUCCCCCCAAACCCGGCCAUCUUUACGUUUCGGAACAGGCUCUGGAGCAGGUUAAGUUACCAGUUGUGUGCUGAGAGGAGCAGGGAGGGAGCAGCAUCCCAGCAUCCACACCCCCAGCAUCCCGGUUAUGCCCACCCCGGUGACACUUCCCCCUGGUCCUCCAUCACCUGCAAGGUUAUCCAGGGUGAGGUGUCCCCCAGGAUGAUGGCCCUGCACCCCCGGGGUCUCCGGCAGCCAGGAGCUGCCAGCUGCCCAGGGGCUGGUAUUUUUGGGGGUGCCGAGAGCCCACGGGAGCCACGUGGGUGCAAUGGCCAAGCUGUGCACCAGGCAUCGCAGCUGGCGGAGGCUCUUGGGGCCAACGCCGCCGGCUGUGAGCGAUGUGCCGGGUCUCACAGUAGCUCCGCAGGACCCACCAGCCCUGCAGCCCCCGGGACGGGAGGCCGGUGACCCGCUGGCACGGCCCCAGGCUCCCUCCUUCCUCCUCCCUGCCAGCACCAAGACCCCCUGGGGUGCAGCAUCCCGGGUCCCACUCAGCCCCGGGGCUGCUGAGCAGGCGCUGCCCAAAAUUGCACAUACAGCCAGGCCUUUAGUUCUCCUUGCCGCGGGGCCAGGAUUGGGGCAAGCCGGGUGCCCCCAUCACUUGCCGUUUACAGUCGAGACGCGUGUGCAAGCUGGGGCAGGGAGGCGCAGCCCUGCGCCACAGACUUGGCCCCUUGGCCGGGGUGCAAACCCCUUCUUCUGCCACAUUCCCCCCAUCUGCCCUUACCUCGCCGUGGCCCCGUAGGUAAUCCUGUAGCUUUCGGAGCUUUACGCUGACCCACUAAUAUCCGUGGCCGUGGGGCCGGAGCACUGCCCCGUGCCGGGCUUGGCCCUGCCGGAUUUGUGCCAAAUUUCCCACGAAGGAGCCGGGGGGUUGCGGGAGCUGGGGUUCGCCCCGUCCCUCCUCCCUCCUGUCACCAGUGACAAAUGCAGCCUUAACACGGGAGGGCGAAGGAGAAGGAAAGCCCAGGCACGGUUUACCUGCGGCUUUCUGCUCUGAAGCCAGUGAGGGUUGGGUUGAAUUUUUUUUUAUUAUUAUUCUGUUUUACAUUCGCAAUUUGAAUAAAAUCAGUCUGGCUUUA